AUGUCUAAUAGUCUAGUGACAGCCCUUUCAGACUUUGUAGGGGACUCUACCUCGUUCUGUAUCUUUGGUGGUGGAGGAGGAUCGGAUCAGGAGACGGCGAGGCUCCUGGCGGUUUCACUCGUUAGUUGCAAGAAGCAUUCGCUGAAGACCAUCACUGUCAUCACCGCCUUUGCGGGGUUAUACGAUCGAGAGAGGCCCAAUUAUGAAACGGAAGUUUUCACAUCUCAAUCUCGAGAACAGACGAAGAAAAAAUACACUGGGAAGCCGUACAAGAGUUGGCAGAAGACCUCCUUGGGUGCGUGGGAGUACGCCGAGCGAGAGCCUUCCUUAGCAUACUGUGAAAACGAGUGUGUUACACCCAUUUCGAGUGAUGGUUCGGAUGACGGUCUCCUAUACACUACCGCCAACCCAGUAGUCAUUGAGGGCGUUACAAUACAAAGUUACGGCCUAGUAGUCGUCCCUCCAUCCGAGAGCUUACUUUUCCCGGCUUCUCGAGGUCUCCUACGGCGCCUCGUCUGCCCAACAAAUCCCGCUGUUGUUGAGCCAAUUCUGUUAGUUGAUACGGGCGGGGACGGAAUGAAGUUUUAUACUCAGCGUUCAUUGCCAGCGGGAGCGCCACGUAUGGGCGACGUAGAUGUCACGGAAAUCUACGGCGGCGUUGGCGAUAGCAGAGACACAGAUUCCCUGCGCUUGUGCCUCGAUAUCUCACGAAAACGAAAUGGGAAGUUGGCUUUCCUCGUCGUUGGUCCCGGUGCGGACGGUGAGAGCUCCACUGAGGGUAUCAUAAAUACUCACGAGUUGAUACGCAAGAACGGCUCGUUGCUUUUGGAGGGCUCCGUGAAUGAGUUGAUCGGAGUUAUGGACGACCACACGUCUUUGCCGGAAAGGCAUUUGCUCAAGCUCUGGCUGAAACCAAGAGAGUUCAGCACUAUAGCUCAUAUCACCGAAGCUGUGAAGCAGAGGGAAGAACAGAAAUCUUCUAGUCCAGCCAUCGAAGGCUCGGUCGUUAUAAAAAGGCGUGGAGUGGUGGUUGGGCCCCGUCCAGCUUCGUUCCUCGGUUCAUUUUGGUUAAUAAGCGGAGAUGUUCUAGAGCAGUUUCUAUAA